AUGGCGCUCCUCGCGCGCACCUUCCGGACGGUCGUGGGGCUCCCGUGGAGCACCCUCGCGCUGCUGGACAGGGCGAUGCGGUGGAGCGCUGAGCCAGAGCUCCUGCUGGAGGCUGCGACGUCCGAGAUCUGGGCCGAAGAUCUCUUCGCGCCCUGCUCCACCAAGUGCUGCCUCUCGUACAGCAACGACGACGUCACCGACAGCUCCGGCUCCGAGAUGUGCGACGAAGAAGACGAAGACGAGUGGACUUGCAGCGAGAGUGAGGAGGAACUGGACGGGUUCAGCUUCGCGGCCGACGGAGACGUUGACUUCUGGGGCGACCGCUGGUUCUGGAUUCCGUGCCAGGACGACGAGGAUUUUGCUGCUCAUAGUUGCUCGGACUUGAUCGACAUGAAGGACGCGGAGCAGGUGACCUAUGUUGCGGAGAGGUUGGUCGACUACGCCAUGCCAACGAUGGACCCCAACACGGACGCUGCAGUAGACUCUUGGAUCGACAAGUACGGAUCCAGCAGAUCGCAAGUCCGCUUUGUGACCAUGACGAUAGGAAGUUCAUCGACAGGGCUCUUCGUCACUGUCCUAUAA